CACCUCCCACUCCCACCCUACAAAAAAAAAACAUAUUUAAAUAACUUGACAUUCUCAAAAAUAAGGAGCUACUAUCUCAAGGUCCUUUUAAAGCAAUUUGCUUCAAAUGAAAACAAUGAAGUCUUUUAGCUUGGAAGUUAUCGUUUUCCUUUGUAAGGUAUUUUUGAGUGGAUUUGCGGAGGAGUCUCCAUGUACACCUGGCUUAGAGUCGGAGUUGCUGGUUUUUAAAGUGCACCAAGAUGACCUUUACAAGGGAAAAACACUAGGAAGAGUAAAUUUUAAUACAUGCAAUGGAAAAACAAGAACACUCUUUCAGUCUGUUGACAAGCGGUUUGAUGUGAACGAGGAUGGGACUGUUACACUGAAGAGACCACUGACUCUUCAUGAGGCUUACGUGGUGUUUUCAGUGCAUGCUUGGGAUGCCAAUGGCAAGAAGCACACUGUAUCUAUCAGAGUUGAAUUUGUCCAACAUCUUAAUGGGCAUCACAAGGAUACAGUCAUGAACAUCUCCUCUCCACAGAUAGAAUCUCCACUUGAUCCACCUUUGGCAUUUGCAAGGUCUUCAGCACGUCUAAAGAGAGCACCGGGAGGCUGGAUUAUCCCUCCGAUCAUUCUUCUUGAGAAUAGCAGAGGGCCAUUCCCAAUGAAACUGGCCCAGAUAAAGUCAGAGUAUGCCAAGGAAGUUCAAAUGGUAUACCGCCUCACAGGCGAAGGGGCAGAUCUGGAACCAAAGGGGAUUUUCACUAUUGAUAAAUUUACAGGGAAUCUGUUUGUGACUAAUCCACUCGACAGAGAAAAAAAAGCUUCAUACAGACUUGUAGUUCAUGCUGAAGCGAGUGAAGUGGCUAAUAUAAGAGAAAAUCCAAUGGAAGUUAUCAUCAAUGUGUUUGACCAAAAUGAUAACAAGCCUGUAUUUACUCAAAAUCCUUUUAAUGGACAUGUUCCUGAAGCUGCUGGAAAAGGUUAUGAGUUUAUGACCGUCACAGCCACUGAUGCAGAUGACACGAUAGAAACGACCAAUGGUGUCGUCCGCUACACGAUUGUCAGCCAAGAGCCAAAACUUCCAAAACCGAACAUGUUUGAUAUCAAUGUUGUAUCUGGAAGCAUUUCCGUGCAAGAACCAGGCAUGGACAGAGAGCAAUGGCCUAAAUAUACUUUGUUAAUCGCGGCUACUGACAUGGAAGGAAAUGGCAUGGCAACCACUGGCACAGCAGUUAUUACAAUUACUGACAGCAAUGAUAAUCCUCCUAAGUUUGAGCAAAUUACGUACAGUGUAUCUAUUACUAAGAAGGAAGUGGAAGUGCUUGCAAAAUGCAUGUUACUAAUGAAGAAGAUGCUGGAUCAAGUGCCUGGACACAAUCAUACACAAAUAGGGCCCAUAGGGUAACAAGAAAUACAUUCUGUCUGCGAUGAUUCAUUUAUAAAACCUAUGCAUAUUUUCGCUGUGAAGAUUAAAUCCAUAAUGUCUUUAUGAAAAAUGUGAAUGUGUCAGUAUAAUUCUUAUUAUUUUGUAGAAUUAAUCAUGAAAUCGAGCUGUUGCCUGUACCAUGAUGGUAGCUCAACAAAAUCAGGAUUAGUUUUGAGUUGACAAAACUAAACCAAUCUGGCUUUGUUGGUACCAUGAUGCUGACAAUCAACAUUCUUUGUUCUUUUGUCCUUCAUUACACCAUUUUAAUGUAAAAUUACAUGAAAUGUCUGGUUAGAUCUUUUAGUUGUUGGUUUUUUUUUUGUUUUUCAGUAUAUAGUAAGGUUACUAACUGUUCAUUUAUUUACAUUUUUUUUCCAUAUAUUUUUUAACAAUAUUUUAAAGUUACAGUUAAGCACAUUUUUAUGACAUCAAAAAAUUCUAACAACACUACCAUAUACAAUCCAUCUAUCUAUCUAUCUAUCUAUCUAUCUAUCUAUCUAUCUAUCUAUCUAUCUAUCUAUCUAUCUAUCUAUCUAUCUAUCUAUCUAUCUAUCUAUCUGUUGUUGAGGAAAAUAUGCAAUUGUCCUAUUGCAAGUUUGCCUUUUUUUAUAUUUAAUACCUUUGUAUUUUAACCGCAUCUAUUGAAAAUGUAUCACUGGUAAAGUGAUUUAUUAAGAAAGACACCACCCAUUAUAUUGAAAUAGUUUUACUGGAAGAAAAUAGUUUAUUAAGAAAGACACCACACGUUAUUUUGAAAUUGUUUUAUUGGAGAAAUUGUUCAUUAAGAAAGACUCCACACGAUAUAUUGAAAUUGUUUUAUUGGAAAAAUGCUUCAUUAAGAAAGACACCACACAUUAUAUUGUAAUUGUUUUAAAGCAUUUACUGAGCAAAUAUUUAUAGCAAAUAUUAUCAAAAGUAUUGCUAGAAAUGAAACCUAUAUUAUUAAGAGCUUUACUAAAGAAAAAUGAAGAAAAUGAAUGUUACCAUAGAAUGCAUGAAGGACGCAUCAAAGAAGAAAGAGAAAAUUGUGAAAAUAGAAGGCUUCCUAAAGGGAGCAUCUUAGGGAAUUUCCAGACCUCAUGAUGUCACAAGACAUUGUAUCCACCUGCUCUCUAUAAGGGACUAAAGUGCUAAGAGGAAAUCAGAGGUUGGUUCUGUGGAACAUCUUCUCCAGUGCCAGUGGGCUUGCCAUUGAUCCCUCUAAACAACCAAGCAUGCAAAUUAUAUAUCUCUGUUUUUCUUCUGUUUUUAUAUAUAUGAGUAUUUUGUUUGUAGCAUAUGUUACCUAUAUACAAUAAACUAAUACUUAACUAAGAA